AUGGAUAAUAUCACCACUUCAUGGUAUUCGCCUAUCAUUGAUCCAAACUACACGCCUUCCAUUCCCACAUUCACGCCAAACGCCACACUCUCAAGCCUUCUCGCUGAACGAACCAAGUACUGCUGGAUUACCGCCGAAGAUAAGGAUAACGGCUUUAUCCCAGAGGAUAAUCUAUCGGAUAACUGCUAUUCGCUUUACGAAAGUUAUUGUGAUUUGGGCCCUACAGACCCAGUUCCGUCCCCAUCCCCGAGCGCCAUUCCCACAAGCUGCACGCAUACCUCGAGAAGUGCCAGCACAACAGAUAGCUCUCCAGCAACAACCACCACUUCUGGCAUCGCCACUCCAACGCCCACGCAGCCAAACAUGACAAAAGACUGCACCAAGUUCCAUAAGGUGGUUGACGGUGACAACUGCGCAACGAUCUCGAAGGAAUACGGGAUCUCACAAGCUGAUUUCCUGACAUGGAACCCAGACGUGGGAGCCGAUUGUAAAAAUCUGUGGCUUGACAAUUAUGUCUGCGUGGGCUCGACACCGACGUCUACUAGUGGUACCCCUCCACCCACAUCCACCAGUCCAGGCGUGGUCACUCCAACCCCAACCCAGCCAAAUAUGACAAAAGGCUGCACCAAAUUCCAUAUGGUGGUUGACGGUGACAACUGCGCAACGAUCUCGAAGGAAUAUGGGAUCUCACGAGCUGAUUUCCUGACGUGGAACCCAGAUGUGGGAGCUGAUUGUACAAAUCUGUGGCUUGACAAUUAUGUCUGUGUGGAGGCUAGCCCAAGCUCUAACCCCAGCCCUACCACCACACUGAGCCCUUCACCGACCUCUGAGGCGACGCCGACGCCCACCUUGCCGAAUAUGGUCGAUGGCUGUAUUCAGUUUCACAAGGUUGAGGAUGGAGACAUAUGUGCAAGUAUCGCAACGCAGUACGGGAUCUCACAGGCCGACUUCCUCGCGUGGAAUCCCUAUGUGGGAGAUGGCUGCAAGAAUUUGUGGCUUGGUUACUAUGUAUGUGUGGGUAAGCAGUAG